AUGGGCGUGGGUCACUCAGACCAUUCCGCUUCUUCCUCGCACUCCCUUCUAAGCCCCCCUAAGCCCUCCUUAGCCCCCCCCUCCUCCUUCUCCCACCCCUCAACAGCCCCUACUGCAGGCGACACGUGUGUGGUGGCGGGGGUGUGUGGGCCGCGGGGGAAGGGCGUGGGGGACACAUGUGUGGUGGCAGGGGUGUAUGGGCCGCGGGGGAUGGGCGCGGCGGGAGGGGGGCUGGCGGGGGGAGGGGGAGCAGUGGGGCAGGGGGGCAAGGAGGACCCUCUGAGAGCCUCCCUGCAGGUCAUAUGGGCUCCCAGGAACGGCAUCGCAGGCGCACAGGAGAAGUACAGCGAGGCGGUGGUGCGGCAGACGGUGGAUGCGGUGUUGCUGUCGUCGCUGCUGCCGCGCACGAGAAUACAGCUGCAGCUGCAGGUGCUUCACGACGAUGGCUCACUACUAGCGUGUGCUCUCAAUGCCGCGUUUGCUGCUCUUCUCGAUGCCGGCUUGCCUCUUGCCUGCCUUCCAGCGGCAGUGCAGCUGGCCCUGGACUCCCAAGGUCAACUGCUGCUCGACCCAACCAAGCAGGAGCAGCAGACAGCGUCUGCCACCCUCUGCACAGUGUUCGCCAACUGCCCGCUAGCACCGGAUGGCACAGUGCUCGCUACAGUGCCCACUGGACUGGCUGGGGCGGCAGCAGUAGGAGCAGCAGCAGGGAGCAGCGGGCAAGAGGCAGUGGAUGGGAUGAUUACAUGUGAAGCCACAGGGCGGAUCAGAGCCCUCAAGUACGUGGAGGCGUUGGAGCGAGCAGAGCUGGCAUGCCGGGUCAUUGAUGCCUUCUCCCGCACCGGCCUUGAGCAGUUCCAG